CGAACGACGACGACGCCAACAACAACCUCAGUCUCUCGUGUCCUUUCGUCUCGACCGCCGCCAUUCUUCUUGCUUUUCGCCUUCUUUUCUGCAGUUCCAGACAGCCUUGCGCGCGUCGUACCGAGCCCUCGCUUCCGAACCUUCGUCGAUCGACCAACAAGCCACACAGCUGCAUCGAAUGAGCUCAGCUUCAUAGCCGGCCCAAGCACUUUGGCGCAAUCUUGCAGUCUGCCGCAAACGAAUGCACCUCGACUGCUAAGGGCUGCGUACGCCCACCUGCGGCCAAUCGGCCCAAGUCACCCCAAUGCUGGCCAACGGUACAGAGUCCGGCAAGAGGACUCCUGCAACGGCCUCCCAACCGCCCACGCAACAGCAGAUCCCGCCUUCCAGAACCAGCCUCGACCGCGAUUACUCCGGCCUCCAGCCCCCUAAUGGCAAUGUUCGAAAUCUAUCCUCCUCUAUGGCAUCGCAUGCCGCACGGGGCGGCAGCCUGGCACCUGGCGUCGCACCAGGAAGCUUCAGUUCCGAGCUGCGUAGCCAAAUGCUCUCCAGCCGAGCCGGCAGCCGAAUGGAUCUGACAUCGAAUUACACAGGCACAAUAAUGGACAAGGUCGAUGAAGAUGAUAAUGCGACUAUCAACCAAGCUGCUCUCGCCUCACUCCGUGACCGCCUUCAGCGUGAAAUGAAGAUCAAGGAAGGUAGCGAGAACAUGCUUGAGGCUCUUAACAUCAAAAAGGCCAAGCAAGCCCGCGAACAAAGAGUGCGAGUAGAGGCAGAGUUGGCCGCGAGCAACUCUCGCAUCAAGGUCCUCAGACAGCAAAUAGCAGAUGCACAGUUUAUGCGAACUCGGCCGGUGACGCCAGCCCGUUCCUGGACAAACGAAAGCGUCCCGCAAAGCGGCUCAAAAUCGCCAGGGAGCGAUGCUGGAUCUCAGAACGAGUCCGAUAUCGACGAAUCGACCGAGAGUCCGACAUUUUUGCUUGCAGAGCUUCUCCAAGCUCUUGAAGUCGAAGGCAUGAUGCCUGAAUACUAUGUCAGCCGUGCAAAUGCGCUAGCAAGCCUGUUCAAGCGGCACCCAACGCUCAAGUACGACUUAGUAUGGUCUGUUUUCGGCAUGCGCAUGCAGAUGAUGCUGCUUAGCGAAUCUCGUGAGGUAGUUGCUGCCGGUUAUCGCGUCACAAGAUACGCCAUUUCCGAUGUAAGCUCAUUACGCAAGAUUCGAUCCCUCAAUACGGAUUACCUAGUCGUCCGGUCGCUCAACAACUACCGCAAAGCUGAUGUUGAGCGUGAGCAAGCUCUCAAAUUCGUCAGAGCCUUCCUAGACGUGAAAGAAGGUGUCAAGGAGAUUUCACGCGCGAUUGUCCGAACGAUUGUUGCUGUAGCUGAGCAAGGCGACGACCGACGCUCCACAGUGCAGGCAGCCGAUCACAAUAUCGACCGGUUACGGCCAAUCUGCCUGGAAACCCUAGCUGAGAUUCUUGUGCGCGAUCCACGAUUAGUAGUUGCAUCGGGCGGUCUUGGGCCGUUGACGGACGCUCUCGCAGAAGGGUCCUACAAAGCCCCAGAAAGUUUAACAUCGGCUUUCCUUUUUCUACUUGAUACACCUCAAAAGAGAGUGUAUCUGCAAGCAGAAUAUGGUCUUGAUGCUCUCUUCACAGCGUUUACCGACCCGUUGGGUACCAACGAGGCAAUGAUGGCACAAAGCUGCAAAGCCAUUGCCGUUGCAAUGAGAUCAUGGUCUGGAAUCAUGACCUUAUGCAUGCACGACUUUCGAACUGUUCGAUCUCUUGUUAUGAGUAUGAUGCUCCCUUUGCAAUCCAUUAGGGAAACUGUUUUAGACUUGCUAUUUACGAUCCUUCGAAUCAAACCUCCCGCUUGGGCCACAUCAUUUCUGGCUGGCCGGCGACUGACGACGUACGGCAGAGUAACAAAUCUCAAGUCUGGAAACACAAAGAGCAAGAGUGCCACGUUAUAUGAGGACGAUAACGGCGAACAAAACUUCGUGGAACACUACAAUGCCCUUUUAUUGGCAGUUUUCAUCAAGGCUGGCCUUUUGCCCUGUUUGUUGCAGAUUGCACAAACAGAAGAGGACCCCAUGUUGAAGCGCAAAAUUACACUGAUGAUUGGUGAAGUUCUCAAGCUGGCGAGCCGAUUGCUACCGGCAUCUUGGAGCGCCUCGUUACAACUUCUUCCAGAGCUCUUUGCUGCUGCCACUCAAUUUGGUAAUGAUGACCACUUCAUCGCGUCAGGAAUCGUCUACCAAAUUAGUAGCGUCAGUCGAACGCUUUACAGAAGCGCCCCAUCAGAAUCCAUGGCUGGUAUCUUACCGUCCAGCGAAACGAUGAAAAACUUGGCCUCCCUGGAAACUCAGCCUAAAGUCAGCACCGCUGUAGUGUUUGAUGACGCGACGUUUCGACAACUCUUAAUGGACAGCUGCGUCUUGAAUAGCUCGAAUUACGCCAAAUGGGAUUGGGAGGUUAUCAUGAAGAUCAUUGACGGUCCACUUCAAAGUGGCAAACGACUAGAGGAGGCUGUCCGCGCGUCCAAAUUUAUGAAGCGACUCAUUAGCUUCUACAGACCCUUCAAGUACAGAUUCGCAGAAAUCAAAAACACGCGCAAUACACAAAAGUAUGUCAAGGCAGGUUGUGCCUUGAUGCAUUCCCUUUUGCAGUCACAAGAAGGAGUUCGAUUCCUAGCAGACAGCAAGCUACUGCGGCAGAUUGCUGAAUGCUUGGCCCAAUGCGAUCCAACAAGUGGCAUUACCGCACAAUUCCCCCUCUUUGAACGAGAUCGGCUAACGGACACUCUCUGUGGUGGCUACUUUGCCAUGCUGGGAGUGUUAACAGCUGAUCCCAAAGGUCUCAUGUUAUUAGAGCGAUGGCGCAUGUUCAAUAUGAUGUACCACAUUAUCGACAUGAGAGAGCGACUGGACUUGAUCAAGUUGCUUAUUACCAACUUUGAUUAUUCUCUCCAAGGCCAUCCUAGGGUCCUUCUAUCCAAGGCUCUCACGAGCAGCACCAAGGACAUCCGUAUCUAUGCUACGGAUGUGCUUCAUAAAUGCACGCUUCGCCGUCCUGUCGCCACCAACGCAUUUGGCGACCUAAGCGACUCGAAGUGGGCUAUUCAGCUUCUUGUUACGCAGCUGUAUGACCCUGAGAUCGACGUUUGUGCAACAGCUGUGAAAAUAUUGGAAAAGGCCUGCAAUCGCAAGUUGUAUCUGGAGCAUGUAGUGGAAUGUCGACCAUCUCUGGAUCACCUAGGCGAGAUUGGUGCACCGCUACUGCUCCGUUUCCUAUCAACAUCAAUCGGAUACCAUUACUUGGACGGAUUAGAUUACAUCAGCAAUGAAAUGGACGACUGGUUCCUUGGAAGGAACGAUACAUAUGUCGGCGUUAUUGAAGCGAGCCUGGCAAAGUCUUUUUUGGCUGACCCUGAUGAUCAAUCCAACAGGACGAGCGUCUUUCACGAUCCGGACAUGGAACAAGACUUCAAUGACAAUCAAAUGCCGCCUCACUUCUACCGAGAGUUAACACGGACACGAGAAGGUUGCAAGCUUUUACGGGACAAAGGUCACUUUGACGAAUUCGCCUCCACCAUACGAGAUCAUGGCAUGCAGUCUGAAGACGCUGAUCUUAUUCUUAAGGUUAAAUCUUGUCUUUGGGCAGUGGGCAACGUUGGCUCCAUGGAACUUGGAGCUCCAUUCCUGGAGAAUAGCGACGUAGUCGAACACAUUGUCGAGAUGGCUGAAAAUCAUGAAGUUAUGAGCCUGCGCGGAACGGCCUUCUUCGUCCUCGGCCUCAUUUCACGAUCAUCGCAUGGCCUAGAAAUGAUAUCAGAGUAUGGCUGGGAUGCAAGCACAUCUCCAAUGGGCAACUCACUUGGUUUCUGUCUUCCCAAGGACCUCACCAAGCUCUUCUCUCUGCAGUCCUGGAAGCAUAUUGCACCGGCAUCUAUUAGCCUGCCGAUGAGUCAAAGAACGAUUGAAGACCAGCCAGCUAUUAGAAAAGCCACACCACCACUUGAGAGGACUGAGGUUUCAGCUUUAGAAACAGACGAGGAGAUCAACGAGCGGAUCCUCGAGCUGAUUGUGGAUCUUGGUAACACGGUGCUCUACAAGAAGGCGCUCACUGAUUUGCAGAAGCUAAAGCAACGAAAGCCCAGUGCCUUUGGGAGCACCGAAUUCUUCAAGAAGGUUAUGGGGCUCUUGGAAUGGAACCACUACUUGCUUGGCGUGCGUCGCAUAGCGAUAGACUUGUUUGAUAAAAAAGUCAUGCGGCGAAUUGUCUUUGGUGAAGAGGAGAGCGAUAGCAGCGAGGAAGAGGACGAGGACGAUGAGAGCGAAAGCGAACGUCGAGUGUCAAGACGAACAGCCGCUAGCCAGCCAGAAGCCAUGGACGAAGAUGACAGUGGUAGCGAAGAGAGCGGCGAAAGCAGUUCUGAAGACGAUAGAACAGAGCGACAAAGGAGCGUGAGCGAGCCGAAAGAGUUUUCUCGGAAGAGCAUGGUACCACAGCCCUUGAAACUGGGCAAAUAAUGAGGCAUAGACCAAGUGGAUAUACACGAAUGAACAUUGUUUUGAUUUUUGGCAUUGGGGGAUGGUGUUUGGAUAUAUAUAUUCCUGAUUUAUAGUUAACGAGCAGCCCUGCGGAUGAUAUUAUGAAAGAGGAUGGUUUGGUAGACCGGCCUUUGGCACCGCAUCUUGCACCAUUCUAAUGACCACUGCUGUUUUACAGUAUCUUUGAGGUGGUAUUGCGAGUUAAGAGUCCGCCUAUUCUCAUAGCUCUGAAAUCCACGAUACUUCUAUUCAAGUCCCAC